GGUUCAAGUGCUUCGACAAAAAUGUCUGUCUGAUAAUUGUAUAAUGUGUUCAAUGAACACAAUACGUUGUGCAAGUGCAAAGACUAUUAUGACAAUUGUGUAAAGUGUUCUAAUAAAUUGUAAGUACAGUUGUCACCAAGUGCCAGCAGAUUUGAAGGUCUUUCGAGCACAGUUUUUCCAUCAAUGAAGUUGAAGCGGUCGUUGUUGAAUAUUGCCAACCGGUGUGAAGUUACUAAACAAGUAGUGUGUUAAAUAACAUGGAACGUGAUGUUUUAGAAAAUGUAAAUCCUCACGUCUUUGAAAAGUUACCGCCACGUUUAUUGACAAAAGACUGUGAUAGAGGUUAUGAUCCUGUUGAUUCUAGAGAGAUUUUCGAUUUGAUUUGCACCAUAAGGGACCCCGAGCAUCCUAUGACCCUUGAAGAACUGGGAGUAGUCACUUUACAAAACAUACAAGUUGAUGAUGAAAAAAGCAUUGUUAAAAUUAACUACACUCCUACAAUACCACACUGCAGCAUGGCUACUCUAAUAGGUCUAUCCAUCCAUGUAAAAUUAAUCAGGACUUUAGCUUCUAGAUUCAAAGUUACUGUAGAAAUCACACCUGGGACCCAUGCUUCUGAACAUGCUAUUAAUAAACAAUUAGCCGAUAAGGAACGAGUGGCUGCAGCUAUGGAAAAUAAGCAUUUGUCAGGGGUCAUAGAUCAGUGUAUAUGUUUCGAUGAUACGACCAGCGAUAAUAAAGUUAUUGAAGAUGUUGACGAUGGUAUGAAAAGACAAGUUUUUGGAGAAACUUAUGAGUUGCUGUAUAAAUUGAAUGUAAAAGUUGAUACUGUGGGGAAGUAUGAUUUUUUGAAAGAGUCUGAUCCACAAUUGUAUAGGGAUUUUAUAUUUUUGGAAAAUGUUAAUGAAGAUUUGGUUAAUAGAUUGAGAGAAAGGCAUGUGGAAAAGCCUAAAGUUACAGAGAAGGAUAUUUUGGCAGAUUUAGAGUACUUAAUGGCGUGUUGAAAUGAUACUAUAAUUGGAGACAUUAUGAAUGACUUUAUAUUUAUACAGCUAAAUAUUAAAUCUAAUCUUUGUUUAAGUACUGCGUUUAAUGUUUUUAUUUUAAAUUUGAAUGUUCAUUUACUUCAGGAUUAUGAACUAUUG